CCCUCCUUCUUAAAAAUGUCAGAACCAUCUUAUCAAAGGGAGUAUUCAGUCAGCGGUGGAUCUGACAGUGAUGAAGCUGCCAAUAUUAAAAUAUCAGUUAAAUCUAUCUCAGAGUAUUUUCAUUGUCCUAUCUGUCGUUGUUCAAUUCAAGGGGCAACACUUACUAGCUGUGGUCAUAGAUUCUGUGGUAGUUGUAUUAGUGAGUGGGUUGGAAGAAAACACCAGUGUCCAAUAUGUAGAGAUAAAAUGAGUGUUGAUGAUAUAAUUCCUGACAAACAUUUUGAUGAGCUGAUAGGUAAAAUAGUGACCGAGAGAGUAAAAGAAGAAAAACUUUAUUAUCAAAAAGUGGCCGAUGCAGCAUCUGAAUCAGUUCUGACUGGAGCUAAAUCUCUUUCCGGUAGUCUUGUCAUGUCACCUCUCACAGGAAUACUUGAAAAGCAUUUAAAGCAGACAAUGAAACAGCAUGAAGUGUAUCACCAGCAAAUAUUAGGAGAGUAUCAGAGAUCAAGGGCUAAGGCUGGGAGAGAGAAACAGAUGAAAAUAGAACAAGUGAUAAGACAAUACCCUCACGACCCAGACCACCCUGAACGUGUUCAGCAGCUGCAGAGAGUUGAGAAGGAAUGGGAGGAGAAGAAUCAGUCACUUACAAAUGAACUGGCUAGGAUAGAACUGCUGCUGACAUCAGCUUAUGACAGAUAUCUCGAGAAAAACCUUCCUGCUCCUGAUACCCUACCAAUCACUGUCUGUCUCUCUGUACCUGAAAAAAACUUCACUGCCGACGACGUCAUAUUGAAACCCAAUGAGACGAUGGACACGAUUUUAAAGAAAGUGGAGGAGAUGAUGAAAGAAAAGAAAAUGGAAGUGACAAAGUUUCCUCCUUGCGAGGAAUUACAGAUCUCAUUACUGAGCCCAUUCGCCACUGAAAAUGAUGAUGAUGAUAAUCAAGAUGAAGAUGAUGAUGCUGUAGGAGGUGAAGCCUCUCUCUGUGCUGGUGGUGGCCUCAAGAAGCAUAAGGUGGGCGGAGCUUGCAAAGGAGGAGGAGAAGGGGAAGAGGAACAAGGACUCACUUCAUUAGUACACACUACACUUCAUGGGGACUGCAUGCCUGUACUCCAGUAUGGGAUUAAACCAGGUAGUGAGAUUAGGAUAAUGGGAAAGAUAGUUUUGAGAGGGGAGGAGCCAAAGCUUUGUUUUGCUUCUACGUUUGUGAAAGGAGAAGUCAAAACGAUCGACUAUUACGCAUGCAAAACAUGUCAAUUAGCAUCAUGGAUAUGUCAGAAUUGUGCUGAUGUAUGUCAUGAAGGGCAUGAUCUGAUCCCUUACAAGAUGAACCACGUAUCAACAUGGCCUUGUUGCUACUGCCAAAGAAAGAAAUUAUGUCUUAUAUCUCCGGGAAAAUAGUUACAAUAACAAUAUUUUUGUAAUUUUUAACAAUUUAUUUUUAUUUAAUUGUUUUAUUCGCUUUUAGAAUUAUAAUUAUGUAUCUUCUGUCUCUCCUUCUCCUAUUUUAAUCUUUUCCUCUCCUGUGACUAUCAUAAAUUGAUUAUUUGUGUCCUCAACUUUGUGUUUGUUAAAUUUUGUACAAGC